AGAAGUGGCAUGAUGGUCAUGCUUUGGGCUGUGCUUCAUACGGGCCUUGGUCAAUGUUGGAGCCUGCUUUCCGUCUUAGACAUAAGUGUCAGUCAUGGACAGAGUAUUUGGGACAGUCUCGUCAAGAUGUUGCCUGUCUCUCAAUUGACGCUGUUGUCACUACCUAGCCUACACGUCCCCUUCUUCUGGCUACAUCCCGUGCGUUGCUACUGCCUACAGCACUUCUUACCAACCCCCUUCAAGCAUUCCUACCAGUGAGCUACACUUGACCUCAAAGGACUUCCAUUCAGAC